AGGUCACCUUGUGACCUAGCAGAGCCUGCUUCAUCACCGAGGGAGACACACCCUUCCUAUCCACCAUGCUGUGGACCACAGUCCCCUGCCACCGGAAAUGCCUGCGUCCACUCACACAGAACCAAUGAAUGGGACAUUAGUGAAGAGCUACGGCUGAGGGAGCUCGAAGAAGUCAAGGCCAGAGCCGCUCAGAUGGAGAAGACCAUGCGGUGGUGGUCAGACUGCACCGCCAAUUGGAGAGAAAAAUGGAGCAAAGUUCGAGCUGAAAGGAACAGUGCCAGGGAGGAAGGGAGACAGCUCAGAAUCCAGUUAGAGAUGGCCAUGAAAGAAUUAAGUGCUCUGAAAAAGAAACAAAGAUUGCCCCAGGGGGAAGAGACAUUAGAUGCUCAUGCGAGCCAGGUCUUGAAGCAUGCUAGCUUCCCCGGAGUCUGCUCUGCACUGCAAGACCAGUUUCACAUGCCCUCUGAAACGAGAGAGGGCUUGGUACAAAAUGAAGCUUCUGCAAAGGAGGACACAAAUAGAAAGAAAGAAGGUGUGAUUGUUGAUCCAUUAAGAUUAAAUUUUGACUCUUCAGAUCUAUCCCGUGACAGUUGUCCUGGGAACUUGACAAAGGCACCUGAACCCAAACUACAGACACUAAACCUGGCUGUGGAGAAUGACAUACUGGAAAUGCCAACUGGGCAGGUGCCCUCACGUGACUUCAAGAAAACCUUUUGCAAGGCAAGAGAAAUGCACUCAUCUUUGGAAAAUGAAAUAGAACGUCUGGAGCCCACUUCAUCGUUAUGGAAAUGGAGGCAUGAAGAACUGAGAGAAUCAAGCCCAACGGCUCCAACAGAGGGACUGUGGGCCCAUCCACCAACUUGCUAUAAAUGGAGUGAGCAACAUCAGGCCCGAAGGGCUGAGCUGAUGCCUGCAAGCCAUCAUGUGGAUCCGAAUUCAGAAGUAAAGAAACUGAGAUGGCAAGUGGAAGAACUGAAACAGGAACUUAACCGGAAGGACAACAAGCUCAAUGAUUCUCAGAAGCAGACCCUUAAGCUCCAGAGAUCUCUGGAUGAACAGAAAGAAAUGAAUGAAAAGUUGGAGACCAAACUCAGACAGUUGCAAAGCAGGAUUACAGAAGACACAUGUCAAUGUGAAUGAUCGAAUCCGCCCGCUUCUCUGAAAUCUAUCUCAUUUGAAAUCUUCAUUAUUUUCAUAAAUAAAAAUAUCAUAGAAUAGAAAACUAUUUUA